AUGAAGAUUUCGAGAUCCUUUUGUCGGUAUCUUCUUCUGCUUUUGGUCUUUUUUAUUCAAAAAGGGUAUGUAACAGCUAAAGCUUUCACAGGAACCUAUGGUAUAAACUAUGGAAGAUUAGCAGAUAACAUCCCUUCUCCUACUGAAGUUGUUAAACUCCUUAAAGCUUCUAAAAUAAAAAAUGUCCGAAUAUAUGAUGCUGAUCACAGUGUUCUUGAUGCAUUUAGUGGAAGUGGGUUGGAUUUAGUAAUUGGACUUCCAAAUGAAUUUGUCAAAGAAAUGAGUGAAAAUCCCGAUCAUGCCCUCAAUUGGGUAAAACAAAAUGUUCAUGCAUACUUUCCCAAAACACAUAUAGUAGGAAUUGCAGUUGGAAAUGAAAUUCUUGGAAGUAAUGAUUUAGAUCUUCAAGAUUCUCUUUUUGAUGCUGUUAAAAACAUUUACAACGCCACAAAAAAACUUAAAUUACACAAAAUGGUUCAAAUAUCAACUGCACAUUCACAAAACGUGUUUGGGACUUCAUAUCCUCCAUCUUCAUGUACAUUCAAAGAAGAUAUUGCUCAAAACAUGAAGAAGAUAUUGAAGUUAUUUUCACAAAUCGGAUCCCCUUUUUGUCUAAAUGCAUACCCUUUUUUAGCUUACAUGGGUAACCCUGAUCAUAUUGAUAUAAAUUAUGCUCUUUUUAACCCAACAAAUGGAAUAUAUGACAAAAAAGUCAACCUCCAUUAUGACAACAUGCUUGAUGCUCAAAUUGAUGCAACUUAUGCUGCUCUUGAAGAUGCUGGAUUUGAUAAAAUGGAGGUUAUAGUUACGGAAACAGGUUGGGCUUCUCAUGGAGAUUUAAAUGAAGGUGUAGCAACUUUGAAAAAUGCAAGAAUUUAUAAUUAUAAUUUGCGUAAAAGGCUUGCUAAAAGAAAAGGGACUCCAAGGAGACCGAAUUUUGUAUUGAAGGCGUAUAUUUUUGCUUUAUUUAAUGAGAAUUCAAAGCCGGGUCCCACUUCUGAAAGGAACUUUGGAUUGUAUAAACCCGAUGGGAGGAUUUCGUAUGAUAUCGGUUUUCCAAGUCUUAAAUCUUCAUCUGCAAAUUCAUUGAAGGUUUUUCGAGCUCAAAUUUGUCAAUGGUACUACAUGUUGAUCUUAACACUAUGUGCAACAACGUUGUUUCAAUUAUUAUAGAUUUAGUAACAAAUUUUGCACAAUUUAGUGUUUGAUAUUCGAUCAUGUAAGUUUACUUUCGUUAUAUGUCUGGGCAUCACGAAAUAACUCUUCGGGAUAAUCUGAAAGAUGAUAAUUUGAGUUUUAGGCACGAAAAUAUGAAGAAGAGAACUAAAUUCGUGUAACAUAUUUAAGUCCAUUUGGUUUUUGUUGUUAUAAAAAGCGAAUUCACUUAAACGAAAUGAACAUCCGAAAUAUUGUUUUCUGUAAUACAUUUUACGUUGUUUUUGCCGCAUCGUAGCUAAUUUAUUUAUCGAGUUUUUUUUUU